UCCGCACUUGAACUUGCAGCUCAGGGGGGCUUUUGCCAUUUUUUCAUCUCUCUCUCUCUCUCUUUUCAAAAAAGCCAUGACGGCUAUCCCACAAUCCAUCUUCCCUGCGCCAUCUUUGUAUUAUUUCUAAUUUAUUUUGGAUGUCAAAGGCAUUGAUGAAGAUAUUUUCUCUGGAGUCUCCCUUCUAACCCGGCUCUCCCGAUGUGAACCGAGCUGAAAGCCACCACCAACCACCAUGUCUCGCCGCAAGCAAGAAAAACCCAAGCACUUAAGCAAACGGGAUUUUUCGCCCGAGCCUCUGUCCGCCGCCGUGCUCUCGGAGGAGCGGCAGGAACACCGUGGGCUGGUACAGCUCGCUCCGGAAGGAGACCAGGACCUGCUCACCUGUGGCCAGUGCCAGAUGAACUUCCCUCUCGGGGAUAUCCUAAUUUUUAUCGAGCACAAGAGGAAGCAAUGCAAUGGCACCUUGUGCAUGGACAAGGCAGUGGAUAAGGCUCCGUCGCCGCCACAUGGCGAACUGAGGAGGGCCUCCAACCCUGUGGAGGUGGGCAUCCAGGUCACGCCCGAGGAUGACGACUGCUUGUCCACGUCCUCCCGAGGAAUUUGCCCCAAACAGGAAAACAUUACAGGUAAAGAUGAGCCCAGCAGCUACACUUGCACAACCUGUAAGCAGCCGUUCGGCAGCGCGUGGUUCCUGCUGCAGCAUGCCCAGAACAUGCACGGCUUCCGCAUCUACCUGGAGAGCGAGCACGGGAGCCCCCUCACCCCGCGCGUGGCCGGCGAGUGCGCCUCCUCCCAGCACGGCCUCCACGGCAUGCACCUGCCCGAGGGCAGCCCCUUCAACCUGCUGCGGAUACCCAACAACUCCGUGUCGGGGCGCGAGGGGAACGUGGUCAGCGGCGGCGGUGUCGGCGGCGGCGGGAGCGGUCGCUUCCCCCCGACCCCGCCGCUCUUCAGCCCGCCGCCCCGCCACCACCUGGACACGCACCGCAUGGACCGCAUGGACACGCACCGCAUGGAGCACCUGAGCCCCGAGGACCUGGCGCUGGCGGCCCACCACCCGAGUGCCUUCGACAGGGUGCCGCGCCUCAACCCCAUGCCCCUGGACCUGCCGGCCAUGGACUUCUCGCGCCGGCUGAGGGAGCUGGCCGGCAACACCGCGGGCUCCACGCCGCCGCUCUCGCCCAACCGGCCCAGCCCUAUGCAACGGCUGCUGCAACCAUUCCAGCCGGGCGCCAAGCCGCCCCCGUUCCUGUCCACGCCGCCGCCGCUCCCGUCCAUGCAGUCGCCCUCGGGUAACUCCCAGGGCACGCCCACGUCCUCGUCCCAGACGGGCCCGCUGCCGCUGGGCGGCCAGGGCGGGGGGCAGGGGGUCGUCGGGGUCGGGACGCUCCAGCAGCCGCCGCAGUCCACCACGCCGCUCAACACGCCCAUGAAGUCGUGCGAGUUCUGCGGCAAGACCUUCAAGUUCCAGAGCAACCUGAUCGUGCACCGGCGGAGCCACACGGGCGAGAAGCCCUACAAGUGCCACCUGUGCGACCACGCGUGCACGCAGGCCAGCAAGCUCAAGCGCCACAUGAAGACGCACAUGCACAAGUCCUCGCCCAUGACGGUCAAGUCCGACGACGGGCUCUCGGGCGCCAGCUCGCCCGAGCCGGGCACCAGCGAGCUCCUGGGCAGCGCCAGCAGCGCCCUCAAGUCGGUGGUGGCCAAGCUCAAGAGCGAGCGCAGGAUCCGCGAGAACGGCGAGGAGGCCGAGGAGGAGGAAGAGGAGGAGGAGGAGGAGGAGGAAGAGGAGGAGGAGGAGGAGGAAGGCGAGGAGGAGGAGCUGGAAAACGAGUGCAUCGGCACGGGGAACGGCCGCGGCAACAGCUACCCGUUCGGCCUGAACCUGGAGGCGGCGCGGCACCACGAGAACAACGGCGGCGGCGGCAUCGGCCUCCACGGGCGCUCGUUGCUGGAGGACGGCAUCCCGCGCUCGCUGCCCGAGGUGAUGCAGGGCAUGGGCCUGGCGGCCAGCAUGCAGCACUACAGCGAGGCGUUCCACGCGCACAAGCGCGGCUCGCUGGGCCCCAACGAGCACAACGACGCCGCGCACCGGGACCUGUGCGACGGCGACUCGGCCAUGGAGUCGGACCGCGCCCACGAGGGCUGCGGCUCGGCCAUCAACGGCCGCGGCUCGUCCCCCAGCGAGGCGGCCGCCGCCGCCGUGGGCCUGAGCAAGAAGCUGCUCCUGGGCAGCCCCAGCUCGCUCAGCCCCUUCAGCACCAAGCGCAUCAAGAUGGAGAAGGACCUGGACCUGCCCGCCAUGCCCACCAUCCCCAACUCGGAGAACGUCUACUCCCAGUGGCUGGCCGGCUACGCCGCCUCGCGCCAGCUCAAGGACCCCUUCCUGAACUUCGGGGACUCCCGACAAUCGCCUUUCGCCUCGUCCUCGGAGCACUCCUCGGAGAACGGCAGCCUGCGCUUCUCCACGCCGCCGGGCGAGAUGGACUGCGGCGUGUCCGGCCGCAGCGGCACGGGCAGCGGCGGCAGCACGCCCCACCUGGGGCGGCCCGGCUCCAAGGACGGCCGGCGCAGCGACACGUGCGAGUUCUGCGGCAAGAUCUUCAAGAACUGCAGCAACCUGACGGUGCACCGGCGCAGCCACACCGGCGAGCGGCCGUACAAGUGCGAGCUGUGCAACUACGCCUGCGCGCAGAGCAGCAAACUGACGCGGCACAUGAAAACGCACGGCCAGGUGGGCAAGGACGUUUACAAAUGUGAAAUCUGUCAGAUGCCUUUUAGCGUGUACAGCACCCUCGAGAAACACAUGAAAAAGUGGCACAGCGACCGCGCCUUGAGUGUCGAAAUCAAAUCCGAGUAGCGAGAAGUAAAGGACGGCGCGAAAGGCACGUUUUUUCUUUUUAAUCCUUCUUCGCUAAAAAGUAAAAAAACCCAUCUCUCCCGUGACGCCCUUGUAGAUUUGUCCUCUUACCCCCCCCUCUUCCUCUUUCGCUAGUCCAGUGGAAGCUAAGACAAAGUGCUUGGCACCGGCACACUCUGUUUCAUUUACGUUGAAUGCAUGAUCUGUAUCGGGGCAAUACUAUUGCAUUGACGCAAAACUUCGAGCCUUUCUCUUGUGCAAUAAUUUACAUGUUGUGUACUUUUUUUUUCUUUUUACUUUUCCCUUUUUGAUAAUUAGACAGCAUGCAUGGUAUGUUUUUUGGCUAAUUUGAGAAAAAAGAAAAAAAUUGUCCCUGGUUGGUUAGUUGUUGAGUAACUGUGUUGCUGUUUUCUUGUUCUGUUCUUUUAUUUAAAAAAAAAAGAAAAAAAAGAAAGAAAAAAAGACCAUGCUGCAUACAUUCUGUAACACAUAUCAUGUACAGUUUUGUGUUGUAACAUGGAGGACAACAGUCUAACACCUAACCCUCUAUGGAUGGGUUAGGAAUCGCACUUAAAACUGAUCUUUCAAAAAGAUAUUCAGUCCACAUAGGGUGAAAAAAAAAAAUUAAUUGGCCCCGUUACGAAUUUAAAAUCAGUGACAGCCUUUGCAAUUCUUUCAGAAAAAAAGAGAAGUAGUCAUUAAGAUUAAAUUUGUACUAUCAUUUGGUAAAACAAACAAAAGAAGAGUGCCUUGGAUAUCUUGAAACUGCAUUGGUUAAUCUUCCUAUCUACUAUAAGCUUGGAGUCUCAGAUAAAUACUGGAAAAACGGAUCCAUUUGGUCCUCAAAAAGGUUCUUGCAUCAAGUACCUGACUGCUGCAGUCAACUGUGACUAAAGAAAGAGUAAUAGUAAUGAAAGAAUCUACGUAAAUUUCUAGUUAAUCAUCAUUUAGCUACCUAUAAUAUUGUAUACCUUUUUUUGAAAAAUGCUGAGGUAUUUUGUUUGUUUUGUACACGGUACAUGCAGUAUUGUGUGGAAUCAAAACUAGGUGUUAUUUCUUUGUAUUUAGAGGUACUGUGUUGACAGUGGUACAGACUCUGAAUAGACAACAAUAAGCUGAUGUGACUCUCUUGGGAGGUUUUUUGCCUAUGUAGCCUCACUAGCACAUGUUAAUGUCUUGUUGAAGGCAAAAGUGAGAUGUGAAAGCAUGCUAAUGCUAUUGAAUAGCCAUGUCACUAGGAUCAAAACUCUAGGCUAGAUCUGGUCAAUGUCUCACCUGGACAUUGGUCCCCAACAAUGCAUCUGAACAAUUUUUUUUUUCUCUGUCAGUGAUGAUUAACUAAGAAUUUACCUGCAGGUCUAAAGAAAAAAAAAUGUGUUAGUCAUAGCCACAGUAUUUAUUCCUGAGUUCCCUUCAAAGAAAGAAACGCGAAGCAAAAUAUGGCAAGAAAAAGAAGUGAAAAUCCAUUUUUUUUCUCCAUAUUUCAUAUGCUGUGUGCUAUUUUGUGUUUGACAUUCUAGAGGAGAGCUCUAUUCAUCGUUGAGUUACAGCAUCCACCCACAGGUGAUGGUGAGAAAGCACUUGUCACUCGGCCCCGACAGUCUGUAUCGCUUGCUCUGAUUGGUGGUACAGAAGCUGAGUAUAAAAAUGUAAACUGCUUGCUUAUAGGACAAAAAAGUGCACUGUUCAAUUUUCCCAGUUUACAGGUAUUCAUUUUUGUCAAGGGAAAAACGUAUUGUAAUGCUUACAAAUAAAAUUUACAAUGUCAUUUUUUAUUAUCAUAAUGAGGAUUAGGGACAGAGAGAAUUUGCUGCCACCCCACUUGCCCUCUCCCCCGACACCCCCCCCCCCCUCCUUCCCCCCAACAGACACUCCAAGAGAGAGCCCCACUCCAUGACAUAUCCGUACGGUGCCCAGGGCAUAAACUCCUUCGCUAGACCAUGAACGAUUGAAAAAAGUAAAUAAAAGAAAAAAACUUGCUGCUUACACUGCAAGGACAUUUUUUGUACAAAUCUUUUUUUAAGUAUAAAUAUUAAAAAAUGACUUUUUGAAAUAACACUUCAUUAUCUUAUUAGGGGAAACUAUAUUUAAGUUUGUUGUUGUUUCUCUUUCCUCUCUUUGUCUUGGUGGUGUACAAGACUCGAUCACGGUAUAUAUUAAAAUGGGAAAAAAAUCUGUGACAGUUUUUUUUUUUUGCCUUGGCUCUUCACAGGUCUUCAGGUCGAAUUAAACUUGCAUUGGGGAAAGGUUUAAGAUUAUAUAUAAAUAUAUAAUAGAGAUCUUAAAUAUAGGAAAAUGCACACUCAUGUCAAUUCCUAUGCUAAAACACAUUUAUGGUCUACUUUUUCUGUAUUUCUAGAAUGGUAUUUGAAUUAAAUGUUCACCUAGUGUAGCCACUAUAGUAUUUAUAUUGAGGCUUGUAUUUUUAACUGUUGCUUGUUCUCUCUAAAAGGUAUUAUUGUACCUUUUUUGGUAGUGGAAAAAAACAACAAGCUGCCACGGUAUAUUUUUUUAAUUUGGCAGGAUAAUAUAGUGCGAAUUAUUUGUAUGUUUAAAAAAACAACGGAAAAAAAAUCCAAUAAAAAACAUGUGGCAUUGUAUAAAGACAGGCCAUGAGAUGGUCACUCCUGGAGGAGUCCUUUGCGAAUGUCCACACUAGCUAAAACAGGUGGUUGUACAUAUCUUCUGUUGGUUUGUUUUUAUUUUCUUUUGUUUUUUUAAAAAAAGUUCUCCUCUGCUGCCAUUAUGUAAUGCAGUAAUGCAAGCUGAUGUUGGGUUGUUCUGUAGUGUGCUUUCCUGUCCUUUCACCUAUUCCCCUGACUACAUUCCAGCAUCUUAAAGAAAACAAAAAAACUUCAUAUGCAGUAAAGACCAGUAAAUAAAUGACAAACAUGGAAAAAAUAAACAAAUUACAAAAAAGAAUCAAUGUUUUGCAGGUUUUUUUUCAUUGCCAAAUCCUAAAUGGUGCUUUAUAUUUAGAUUGGGACGACUUUCAUAUGCAAAGCAUAUUUAAAAAUGAUAUGGAUCUAAUGGGUAAGGCCGCUUUAGUUGAUACUUUUUUGUAAAUGGCAAUGCGGAAUAUUUUGUUAUCAGCCUUUUCUAUUCUUGUUCUGAAAGCUGUUUGUUGUAACUUGAACUUGAACUUUAUCUUUUACAAUGGGAGUCACUAUUUAUUAUUACUUGUAUGCUCUGUUCAAAACAGAGGCAUAGAAUGGAUCUUUUUUGUUGUUUUCAUUUUUUGGGUUGUUAUUAUUUUCUUUUUUUUUAAAGAAUGGCCAAAGGUCAUUGACAAAUCUUGCUUUUUUGUUUCUAGUCUAUGUUAAGUUUUAUUGGAGAAACCACUGUCUGUGUUUUCUGGCAGUUGUCUGCAUUAUCCUGUUCACACACCCAUUUUGUCCCUUUAUUGAAAAACAAUUAA